CAGCGCCUGUCCUGGGCUCCGCACGUGGGGCGCGCUGACCUAGUGUUCACUUUUGUUACCUGCAUUCUUCCUAGGGUCAACAAUGCAGCCGAGCGGCCGCGAAGCCUGUCGCCGGGCCUCAGUUUCCCCUUUGUACCACGAAAGGGUCACCUAAGUAACCUCACGCGCGUGGAGAAACCGUGGUGGUGCACUUGGCCCACCCGGCGGAGAUUUUCUUCGAAGUGCCUGUGCUUCCUGCUGGCAACAGGGCCGGGCUGGCGGUCCCCAAGCAAUUACGAUAUGAAGCAACUGAACAGACAAGCGAAUCUGCAAAUCUUGCAAAAAGUGUGGGGUUUCGUGAAAUUGGCAUGACGAGGUACAAAUGAAGCCACAGCUGACUACAGAGGAAGAGAACAUCACUUAGAGAGAAAUGACUACCAAAGGAUUCCAAAGCUGAGGAAGUGCUCAGCGGGUGCUUAUGGAUCAGACUUACCCAAAGUCCCAUGGCUGGGGAGUUGGAGACAGAACAGCCUUCUCAGGGGAAGCAGGACAGGAGCUGCCCCAUGGGCCCCUGAGGGAUGGAGAAGAACUGGGGUCCUGCCCAGCACCUGUGUGUGUUGCAGCUGGGACAGAGCAGAGAGCCCGAGUGCCUCUGCAAGGUUCAGCUACCCCCCGGAAGUGCUGCAGGCACCAGGACGGUGACAGCGACGCAGCAGCUGGACAGCAGCGGCCCCACAGAGCAACUCAGACACCCAGCCGUCUUGGAGAGGCUGCAGUGCACAGCACGGGGAGGGCAGCUGACUUGGAGCCUACAGCGCUGGAUUUGAGUUCCAGCCUGACCACUGGCCUGCUGUAACCCCAGGCUAACUCUUAGCGGUUUCCAGUUUCCCCACGAUCUACUGGAACCAUCUUGGACAUCAGGGCGGAAGCCGGUUCUCAGAAGAGACUGGGUAUAAGGCAUGGAUUGCCGUGGGGCCUUUUUCCUCUGCCUGUGCUUCAUGACUUCUCAGAGUGAGACAAUGGACACAUCCCAAGAACCCCUGCGAUGCAUGAAGAAACUGGAGGCCAUAGCCAAAGGCCGCAGACCGGCUCUUCUUCCUAAUGUCAUCCAGGACCUGGAGAAGAGCCUGUUGAACGCCAGCUUCAGGGGCAACAACCUGACCUUGCAGACACGCUCCAUCCAGUCACUGAUCUUCAAGCUGGGCUGCGGCUUCGCAGGCCUCUCACUGAACAGCACCACCAUGGAGGAGUACUCCCAGGCUGGGGUCUCCCACGCCAUGUACUUCCCUGCGGAGCUGACCAAAGACGCCUGCAGGGCCCGCCCCAGGGAGCUGCGUCUCAUCUGCAUCUACUUCUCCACAGCCUACUUUUUCCAGAAUGCCAACUCACUUGUGCUCAAUAACUACGUCUUGGGGGCCCAGCUGGGUCAGGGACACGUGAGCAACCUCAACGAGCCUAUCAGCAUCAGCUUCCAGCACAACCAGAGUCUGGAAGGCUACAUGGUGACCUGUGUCUUCUGGAAGGAAGGAGCCAGUAAACAUUACUGGGGGGCCUGGAGCCCUGAGGGCUGUCGCACAGAGCAGCUCUCACCUUCCAGGGUGCUCUGCCGCUGCAAUCACCUCAGCUACUUUGCUGUUCUCAUGCAGCUGUCCCAAGCCCCGGUCCCCAGAGAGCUGCUGGUACCUCUCAUAUACAUCUCCCUGGUGGGCUGCAGCAUCUCCAUCGUGUCCUCACUUCUCACUAUCCUGCUGCACUUCCAAGCCAGGAAGCAGGGCGACUCCAUGACACGCAUACACAUGAACCUGCACGCCUCCGUGCUGCUCCUGAAUGUGGCCUUCCUGCUGAGUCCUCUGCCGGCCACGCCCCCUGUGCCUGGGUCAGCGUGCACAGCAGUGGCUGCCAUCCUGCACUUCGCUCUGCUCAGCUGCCUCACCUGGACGGCCAUCGAAGGCUUCAAUCUCUACCUGCUCCUUGGGCGCGUCUACAACAUCUACAUCCGCCGAUACUUGCUCAAGCUCUGUGCAGUGGGCUGGGGGGUCCCAGCCCUCCUGGUCCUGCUCCUUGUUGUUGAGAGCUCAGCAUACGGACCCUGCACAAUUCCAGUCUCCAGCAGCCAGGAAAAUGGCACGGGCUUCCAGAACAUGUCCAUGUGCUGGGUGCAGAACCGCUGGGUGCACAGUAUCCUGGUCAUGGGCUACGGUGGCCUCACGUCUCUCUUCAACCUGGUGGUGCUGGUCUGGGCGCUGCGGGUGCUGCAGCGGAUGCGGGCCCGGAACAGGGUGCUGAACCCGCGGGCCUGCCGGGACAGCGUCACCGUGCUGGGCCUCACCGUGCUGCUGGGCACUACCUGGGCCUUGGCUUUCUUCUCCUUUGACGUCUUCCUGCUGCCCCAGCUCUUCCUCUUCACCACGUUCAACUCGCUGUACGGUUUCUUCCUCUUCCUGUGGUUCUGCUCCCAGAAACGCCGCUCCGAGGCAGAGAUGGAGACAGAGAUGGAGAGGUUCAGCUCCUCCCAGACAAUGCUGUAGUCUGGGCCUCCUUGCCCAGAAGCCCUCGCCUCUCUGGCUGCCUGCAGCCUGAGGCUCUGGGCUCCCCCAGGGAAGGUGGCAGGCCAGCUGCUGGACACCAGGGGCCCCUGUGGCCUCUGGGAGGCUUUUCUACCUCCGUGGCUUUCCCAGGCCCAGAGGGCAGUGCGCUGCUCUGCCUCCCCUGGCUUCCUGGGGAUGGAAAGGCAGAGCCUCUUUCCUUGACUCAUGAGGAAGGUGGCCCGUGGCCAGGUGGCCCUCUGAUAAUUGGGUAGGUUUGAAUUACCCGUGGUAGGCGUGACCGUAUGGAGUCUAAAACCAAGCUUAGGCUACUAUUGUGGAGAAUCAGCAUUGCCCUUGACCUCUGUCGGAGCAAGAGGGAGAGGGCUUCUAAAGCCAGCUCCAUUCCUGGGCUGCACACCAGGGGGAGCUGUUGGCCUGUGCACAGUAGCCAUUGGCUUGCCAAAUCCUAUCUGGAAAUACUGCCGCCUGUCUGGGGACAUGACACACCAGAUGGAGGGGUCCAGCUUCUGGGACUGCUCCUGCUGAGUGACCGAAGAAAGGAUUCUUGCACUGUUUGCACACCCACUUCUCUUUUCCCAACGCAGCUGUUCGCUCUGGGUCUUGGGGUCUUGGGCAUCCAUGGCGCUAGAGCAGGUGGGCUGGGGGAGGCACUCAGAGCCCCGCUGCAGGCCAUGGGACAGGUAAUAACGACUGUGGAUGGCAUGGCAAGGGUCCUGGAGCCAGAUCCCUUUUCUCCUGGGGGAGGGGCUGGGAUCUUCUGCUCUCUGUUUAUUUCUGGAUGCCCAUAGCCGUUGGCCAGCUGGUGAGUGCUGUAGGCUCUGGUACCCAAUUGCCUGGGUUCAAAUGGCCUUACCAUUUGCUAGCUGUGUGACUGUGGACAGACCACUUAACCUCUCUGUGCCUUAGUUUUCCCAUCUGUAGAGUAGGGGCAGUUGUGGUGCUGAUUUUGAAGAUGAAAAAAAGAAUCCAUAUAAAGAGGCUUAGCAAGUAGGAAAUGCUCAAUAAAUCAUUAUUAUUGUUACCAUUA